AGCUAGCCUAGUCUGCAAAUGUCGCCACGUCAGAAUUUUCGGCGUGAAUUCAGGUAGCGGAACCUCGCCAGGAUCAGCUGCGCAGAUCCCGUCGUAGCUGCACUUCUUUCCUCACCCUUCUACGGUCUCCGCCCCGCCCCGCCCCACGCGCGGCCCCAGUCCGGUGCUGGGGGUUCCGGUCUGAGGCGUCACCGCUGUCACUGCCAUCACCCCACGGAGCCACUUGUCGAGGGGAGUAGGCCCGGCCCUCCGCCGGGCAGAGAAGAUGUUGCCCCUGUCCAUCAAGGAUGAUGAAUACAAACCACCCAAGUUCAAUCUGUUCGGCAAGAUCUCGGGCUGGUUUAGGUCUAUCCUGUCGGACAAGACGUCCCGGAACCUGUUUUUCUUCCUGUGCCUGAACCUCUCUUUCGCUUUUGUGGAACUACUCUAUGGCAUCUGGAGCAACUGCUUAGGUUUGAUCUCCGACUCUUUUCACAUGUUUUUCGAUAGCACUGCCAUUUUGGCUGGAUUGGCAGCUUCUGUUAUUUCAAAAUGGAGAGAUAAUGAUGCUUUCUCCUAUGGGUAUGUUAGAGCGGAAGUUCUGGCUGGCUUUGUCAAUGGCCUCUUUUUGAUCUUCACUGCUUUUUUUAUUUUCUCAGAAGGAGUUGAGAGAGCAUUAGCUCCUCCAGAUGUACACCAUGAGAGACUGCUACUUGUUUCAAUUCUUGGGUUUGUGGUAAACCUAAUAGGAAUAUUUGUUUUCAAGCAUGGAGGUCAUGGACAUUCUCAUGGCUCUGGCCACGGACAUAGUCAUUCCCUCUUUAAUGGUGCUCUAGAUCCAGCACAUGGCCAUGGAGAACAUUGCCAUAGUCAUGAAGUGAAGCAUGGUGCUGCACAUAGCCAUGAUCAUGCUCAUGGACAUGGACACUUUCAUUCUCAUGAUGGUCCCUCCCUAAAAGAAACAACAGGACCCAGCAGACAGAUUUUACAAGGUGUAUUUUUACACAUUCUAGCAGAUACACUUGGGAGUAUUGGUGUAAUUGCCUCUGCAAUCAUGAUGCAGAAUUUUGGUUUGAUGAUAGCAGAUCCUAUCUGUUCGAUCCUUAUAGCCAUGCUUAUAGUUAUAAGCGUUAUUCCUCUUUUAAAAGAGUCUGUUGGAAUAUUGAUGCAGAGAACUCCUCCCUUGUUGGAAAAUACUCUGCCUCAGUGCUAUCAAAGGGUGCAGCAGUUGCAAGGAGUUUAUAGUUUACAAGAACAGCACUUCUGGACUUUAUGUUCUGAUGUUUACGUUGGGACCUUGAAAUUAAUAGUAGCACCUGAUGCUGAUGCCAGAUGGAUUUUAAGCCAAACACAUAAUAUUUUCACUCAGGCUGGAGUGAGACAGCUUUAUGUACAGAUUGACUUUGCAGCCAUGUAGUAAAUGAAAAGAAUUUUUUUUUCUUUUCUUCUCUUUUUUUUUUUAACCAAAUUUUUCUGGUACUGUACAAUUCAAAACAUUGUACUAAAUAGAGAUUUCAUCACUACAAUUCCCCAGCACCAUGAAGACCAGGUAGAGUCCGCCGUUUGUGCUCUGUGGGGAGUUCACCACUAAGGGACUAUAAUUAAGAGGAUAUCUCCUGGACUGCUGGUCUUGUCAUUUGUGCUCUUCCCUCCAAGCCAUUCUGGUUUCUGAGGUUUUUGGUUUUGUUUUAGAGGGUUGAUUUGUCCUUUUUUCCCCCAUCAGGGAGUGGGAGGGGGGUUUCCUGAAUGCCCUUUCCCUGUCCCUCAUCCCAGCUGAUGAGAUUCAGACUGUGGGCUUCCAGUCAUCUGGAAUGUCUUCACUGAAGCUGCUGGAACCACUGCUUUUAUUCCCACAAAACCAGUGUUAUUUAAAAAGAAAUGGAAAUAUGUUUUAUAUGUAAUGUCACAGUUGUUGACGUUCUUCAGUAUAAUCAUAUGUUUGUAAAAUUGUUUGUACCUUGCAAACUUAUGAACCAAACCAUAUUGGGUUUUCAAAGUGCCUUUGUAUCAGAAAAUGUAUUUGCCAGCAUAGAAAUGUACCAACAAAGGUCAUGUAUGUGUUUUUUUAAAUGGAUAUUCUGUAAUCUGUACAAAACAUGACUCUUGCUUAGAAUACCAGUCUUUUUUUGUGUACUUCCAGCAUUGGUUUAGAUACAUGAAGUUUCUUUUUAUUGUUUUAUCUCAUCAAAAAAAAAUAAAUAAAAGGUAUUAUUUUCCUUUUUAAAACAAAUUCAAUAAUCACAUCAAAUUACUUUGUGGAGUGGAUUCUCAAAACUUUGCAAAUGUCUGUUCCAGACAAAAUUGUUUUGACCUAAAACAUUUGCUAAUUUCCAAAUUUCUGUAAAGAUACUGUGUUUAUGAUAAAUUUUCCAAUAGCUCUCCUUGUCAUUUUUGUGAAUUUUAUUAAUGUUUGGAAAAGGCAGUAGACUGAAGGCAGAAACGGUUGUCAUAGCAUUAAUGUGCAUUUUCAAUCUUCAAAUGUCAAAUUAUACAGUUUGUUUUCCUGUUUUAACUUUGCACAAAUGAUUGCUUUCAGGAAUAUUAUACAGCAUUUGAUUGAGUUGGAACUAUUUAAGGUACGGAGCAAAUGUGGUGAUGUACAACUCUUCCUAACACAGGUGUCUUAGAAGUACAAGAUAAGCUUAUUUCUAGGUUCUUGUGUGUUUGAAAAAUAAAAUUGCAAUUUGACACAA